GCUGUUUUAGUAUCUGAGGUCUGGGAAAGAGAAACUAAAGUGUAGUUGAGCUGUGUUUGUGUCUCUCAGUAUUCAUGCAGUAAAAUGGCAGAAGCAAGAAUUUUUGUGGAUCAAAAUGAGUUCAUGUGUUCAGUGUGUCUGGAUCUUUUGAAGGACCCAGUGGCCAUUCACUGUGGACACAGUUACUGUAAGGGCUGCAUUACAGACCACUGGGAUCAUGAAGAGGAGAAGAAAGUCUACAGCUGCCCUCAGUGCAGAGAAACCUUCAGGCCAAGACCUGCUUUAGCUAAAAACACCAUUCUGGCAGAAAUGGUGGAGAAACUGAAGAAGACCAGACCUGCUGCUGACUGUUAUGCUGGAGCUGGAGAUGUGCAGUGUGACGUCUGUAUUGGAAGAAAAUACAAAGCCAUCAAAUCCUGUCUUGUGUGUCUGGAUUCUUACUGUCGAACUCAUUUCGAGCGUCAUGAGGAGUUUCACUCUCGUAAGCCACACAAAGUGAUUGAUGCCACUGAACGGCUGCAGGACAUGAUCUGUCAUAAGCAUGAGAAACACCUAGAAAUGUACUGCAUCGCUGACCAACAGUACAUCUGUGUGAUUUGUAAAGAGUAUGAACAUAAAAACCACAAAACAGCAUCUGCUGCAGCAGAGAGGACAGAGAAACAGAAAAGAGCUGAAGAGAUGCAGAUGAAGCUCCAGCAGAGAGCCCUGCAGAGACAGAAAGAUCUUCAGCGACUGAGAGAUGCUGUGGAGACUCGGAAGCGUUCUGCACAGACAGCAGUGGAGGACACUGAGAAAAUCUUUACUGAGCUCAUCCGCUCCAUUGAGAGACGAUGCUCUGAGCUUACACAGAUGAUCAGAGAUCAGCAAAAGACUGCAGUGAGUGAAGCUGAAGGACUGAUGGAGCGACUGGAGCAGGAGAUUGAUAGUCUGAGGAGAAGAGACGCUGAGCUGGAGCAGCUUUCACACACUCAGGAUGACAUCCAUUUCCUGCAGCGUUUCCAGUCUUUCUCAGCUCCUCCUGAAUCUACAGACUUUCAAAACAGUCCGCUUGGUUCUCAGUUUUCCUUUGUUGGCCUGAGAGAAUCUGUUCGUCAGCUGAAAGUCAACCUGGAGGAUUUCUGCAAAGAGGAGGUCAAGAAGAUCACUGGCAGAGACACAUUUACCAACAUGGUUCCAAAGACCAGAAAUGACUUCCUACAAUAUUUCCAUACUUUCACUCUGGAUCCAAACACAGUGAAUAAAUACCUCUGUCUGUCUGAGAACAAAAGGGUGAUUACUGAUAUCGAUACAGUCCAGUCAUAUCCUGAUCAUCCAGACAGAUUUGAUGAGUGGCAGCAGGUGUUGUGUAGAGAGAGUGUGCGUGGACACUGUUACUGGGAGAUCGAGUGGAGCGGUAAGGUGUUAAUAUCAGUGUCAUAUAAGAGCAUCAGCAGAAAAGGAGGAGGUAAUGACUGUGGAUUCGGACAUAAUGAUCAGUCCUGGGCUCUGAUCUGCUCUCCUGACAGAUACUCGUUCAGACACAAUAAGACAGACACUGAUCUCCCUGAAAGGACCAUCAGCAGUAAAGUAGGAGUGUAUGUGGAUCCCAGUGCAGGAACACUGUCCUUCUACAGCAUCUCUGACACAAUGAGCCUCAUCCACACAGUCCAGAACACAUUUAGUCAGCCUCUGUAUCCUGGGUUUGGUGUUUAUGGAUCUGUGAAACUGUGUUGAUGAAGCAGAAUGUAUUAUAAAAUGUAACAGUAAUGUGUUCCAGAGUCUCUUAUUUUCUUUUCGUGCACUACAACUUUAUUUACUGUAGACCGUAAGGUGUGUGUGUGUGUGUGUGUGUGUGUGUGUGUGUGUGUGUGUGUGUGUGUGUGUGUGUGCGUUCGUGUGUGUGUGUGUGUGUGUGUGUGUGUGUGUGUGUGUGAGAGAGAGAGAGAGAGUGUGAGUCCUGCUGAGGAUUUGUGUCUGCACUUUUCUUAUGUAAAUGUAGUUUUUUAUUUUAGUGAUGAUUAAAUGUUUAACUAUUGCCAUCAACACUACAUUUUAGAUUGUAGUUGAAAUAAUCAAAUGUUCGAACAUACAUGGAUUUUUAAAUUCAUUUAUUUUCUUUCAGCUUAGUCCCUUUAUUUAUCAGGGGUCGCCACAGCGGAAUGAACUCCCAACUUAUCCAGCUUAUGUUUUAUUCAGCAAAUCCCUUCCAGCUACAACCCAGCACUUGGAAACAUCCAUACACUCUCACAUUCACACACGAUGGCCAAUUUAGAUUAUUCAAUUUACCUAUUGCUAGCCGCCCGGAUUUUUAAAUGCUUAAAUAUUAUUGUAUUUUUGUGUUUCAAAACUGUAAAGACAGGGUUGGAUGGAAGUUUUGACAAUCUAAUGCAUCACGUGCGGGCAUCCAGAAUGUCCACAAUAUACUGACACAAAAAAAAGAAACUUUUGAAUAAAUGCAUUAUUAUUGGUUUAUGUGCUCACAACCGUAUUCUCUGACCUUUAGACUAUUCCGAUUGAACCAUAGAAUACAAAUGUUGUGUUUUGAGGAUUUUUAAUGGUAUUUUUCUGAAAUUAAUUUAACAUUUCAGAACUGUUGCUGACUAUAGAGAUCGGGGAACUCUGGGCUUUCAUACCAAAUUUCUUCAUUUGUUUAUUAAGAUGAAUGAAGGUUUCAGGGGGUUGGAAUGACAUGAGGGCAAGUAAUUAUUGACAGAAAUUUCAUUGUUGAAUGAACUUACCCUAUAACCUUGGUUGAGCUGUUCUGUGUUUCAGAGUCUCCAUAUUCAUGGAGUAAAAUGAGAGAAGCUAGAUUUUCUCAGAAUGAGGAUACAUGUCCAGUGUAUCUGGAUCUCCUGGUGCCAUCUGGUGGCCAUUCUCUGUGAACACAGGUAUUGAAGAUUUUGAUUUAUUUAUGAUGUCACAAAAUAAUACAAAAUGACAGAAUCUAUCAUUUAUGCGUUAUAGUUUGAUUCUGAAAAUACUUUUCUUGAACAAACUGUAUUAGGUAAAUUUCACCUUCAAUAAGCCAGAGUUAUUCAUCAAAAUGUUCACAAGUGAUUUGAAUUUGCUCAUCAAAUCUUUUAAAAAUGUAUCAAAAUCUUCUAAGCUUCUAAUACAUUUAAAACUUUUG